GUGGCUGCCUCCGACGCUCCGGUGGCUGCUCUUCGCUGCGGAACUCUGCGCGUGGACCGGUGUCGGCCUGGGCGGGGCCAGGGUUCCGUCUGAGCGGCAGAAUGGAGAUAAUCCGGAGCAGUGCGUGUCCGCCGCGUACCCCCCUUGUCUCCAAGCCGACCCAGCGUGCUAGGCCUAGACCUCGUGUGCUUCGCGGGGCCCCGGGCCAAAUUUUAAGAUUAAUCUUCACAAAGUGUACCAGGCCAUAGAGGAGGCUGACUUCUUCGCCAUCGAUGGGGAGUUUUCAGGAAUCAGCGAUGGACCCUCAGUCACUGCAUUGACAAGUGGUUUUGACACCCCAGAAGAGAGAUAUCAGAAGCUUAAAAAGCAUUCUAUGGACUUCUUACUGUUUCAGUUUGGCCUUUGCACUUUUAAGUAUGACCACAUAGAUUCCAAGCACAUAACGAAGUCAUUUAACUUCUAUGUUUUCCCCAAGCCUUUCAGUAGGUCCUCACCAGAUGUCAAGUUUGUUUGCCAGAGUUCCAGCAUUGACUUCCUAGCGAGCCAAGGAUUUGACUUUAAUAAAGUGUUUUGCAGUGGAAUUCCAUAUCUGAAUCAAGAAGAAGAAAGACAGCUGAGAGAGCAAUUGGAUGAAAAACGUGCUCAGGCCAAUGGGGCAGGAGCUCCGACAAAAUGUCCUGUGACAAUUCCUGAGGAUCAGAGGAAAUUUAUUGACCAAGUAAUAGAGAAGAUAGAGGACUUCCUACAAAAUGAAGAGAAGAGCUUGGAUCUAGAACCAUGUACUGGGUUCCAAAGAAAACUUAUUUAUCAGACUUUGAGUUGGAAGUAUCCCAAAGGCAUUCAUGUUGAGACACUAGAGACUGAAAAGAAGGAGAGACACAUAGUUAUCAGCAAAGUGGAUGAGGAAGAACGCAAGAGAAGGGAGCAGGAGAAGUAUGCAAAGGAGCAGGAGGAACUGAAUGAUGCUGUGGGAUUUUCAAGAGUCAUCCAUGCCAUUGCUAAUUCGGGGAAGCUGGUCGUUGGACACAAUAUGCUCUUGGAUGUCAUGCAUACAAUUCACCAGUUCUACUGCCCUCUGCCUGCAGAUCUGAACGAGUUUAAGGAGAUGACAACAUGUGUCUUCCCCAGACUUUUGGAUACUAAGUUGAUGGCCAGCACACAGCCUUUUAAGGAUAUCAUUAACAACACAUCCCUUGCUGAGUUGGAAAAGCGGUUAAAAGAGACACCCUUUGACCCUCCUAAAGUUGAAAGUGCAGAAGGCUUUCCAAGCUAUGACACAGCUUCUGAGCAGCUCCACGAGGCAGGGUAUGACGCUUACAUCACAGGACUCUGCUUCCUCUCCAUGGCAAAUUACCUAGGUUCUUUACUCGGUCCUCCAAAAGUGUGUGUAUCCACCAGAUCAAAACUCAUUGAACCCUUUUUUAACAAGUUAUUUCUUAUGCGGGUCAUGGACAUUCCCUAUCUGAACUUGGAAGGGCCAGACUUGCAGCCUAAACGUGAUCAUGUUCUCCACGUGACAUUCCCCAAAGAGUGGAAAACCAGCGACCUUUACCAGCUCUUCAGCGCCUUUGGUAACAUUCAGAUAUCCUGGAUUGAUGACACGUCAGCCUUCGUUUCUCUCAGCCAGCCCGAACAAGUACAAAUUGCUGUUAACACCAGCAAGUAUGCUGAAAGUUAUCGGAUCCAGACCUAUGCUGAGUAUGUGGGAAGAAAGCGAGAAGACAAGCAGGUCAAGAGGAAGUGGACAGAAGACAGCUGGAAGGAGGUGGACAGAAAGCAGCCCAACAUGCCAGGCCCCCGUUCCCACACCAACAGCUUCACAGCAACUGGCAUGAUUGGAAAGAGAAAUCUGAGUCCUGACCCAGGGGAAUCUGGCUCGGAAGACAGAGAAUUAGAGGGGAUCUCUGACUCUGAGCUUGAACAGAUAGAUUCCUGUGCAGACCCCCUCCCAGAGGGACGGAAAAAGGCCAAGAAGUUAAAAAGAAUGAAGAAAGAGCUUUCCUUGGCAGGAACCGUCGCAGAUGGCCCUGCCGUGCUUUUUGAAGUCCCUGACACGUGGUAACAGAGACCAGGGUGGAGCACCCUGAGCAUGCUGCUGCUGAGAGAGAGCUAGCCCAGCCUGUUUGGAAGCCAUACUGUAUUCACUUAAUCAAAUGAGGCAUGGGAGGGCUUUGGAACCAAGUUUGUCUCCUGCAAAAGCUACUUUUCCCUUUUUUGGCUGUCUCUAUUUUCCCUUUUCAUCUAAACUGACGGUUGGCGUACAUCAUAGUUGAGGGCUGUUGCAGGUGUGUGUGUGUUAUUAACUAAUUACUUCCUGCUCCUGGAAAACCUCUCCUGCCCUCAUGAGUGGUGGCAAGUCCACCCAGGGAGGAAGUCCGCUGUGAACCGUGCCGGGUGAGCCAGCCUCCAGGGUGUGCUGGACACAUUUGUGCUGAGCUCGGCCCUGCUUGCAGAUGUGCUGGGACACCCUCCAUUCAGCCUGUGGUGUCCUCACAGGUCACGGUCACUGCCUGCUUCCCACCAUCACUGCCUAGGAACAGCACUCAGGCUUGUCUUUUCAGUGGAGAUCUUCCUGUGCUGACCCAGGGUCAUCUCAGCAGAUACCUGGGCUUUGAGAGCACGUUAUUUCAAGUUCCUUUCCCUCAGAGUCUCGCAUGGAUGGUAUGAGAGUGAGAAGCUGGAUUUUCUGUUCCUGUGCACAGUGCCAGAUUCAUGGUGUGUGUGUGUGUGUGUGUGUGUGUGUGUGUGUGUGUGUGUGUGUGUGUGAGAGAGAGAGAGAGAGAGAGAGAGAGAGAGAGACAGAGAGAGAGAGAGAGACAGAGAGAGACAGAGAGAGAGACAGAGAGAGACAGAGAGAGAGAGAGAGACCGUGGCAGAACUGCAGCAUGCUCAAGCCUUCACUCAGACAGGUUCCACAGUGGCAAAGCACCAUGCGCUCCUGCAGGACACUCCACAGCAGACACUUCUGGAUAUGUCAUGCUUUUGUAUCAUGAAAAUAAAAGUGAAAAAUGAAUUUCAACAAGAUGGAAUUAAAGAAAAUUUCAUAGAAA